AUGCAGUCAUUGAAGAGCGACUAUGUCAAUGUCUGUCCUCUGACAAGACUUCUCCCGCGUCCCAUCAACGACUUUGAUCCCGUCGUCAGAAGGGGAGAACAUGUGCAAGACGAGGUCAUUCGAGGAUAUGUUGAGGAUGAUCAAGACGAGGAAUGCCUCGAGGAACUUGAAUACCAGGUCGUCGUAGUGGGAGAAGAUGAAGGCCCAGAUUCGGAAGAUCAGCACGUGGUUCUCUCGUUCACUGCGGCUGAAGUACAAGACCGAGUCUUUGUCUUUACAUCUAUCAACGAAACUAAAUCCGGUUCCAUUCCGCUGAGGAUGGUGGUGGAAACACGAGCGAGCUGCGGAUUCGGGAUACUUCCUGCAUCUCAAUCAGAGGAACUCAACAGUCUUGGGUUGGCCAUUGUCCCUCUGUAUCGUCUGUGUUUAUUGGUGGCUUCAUCAGCCCGAUAUCAAGCGCAGCAUCUAUUCCUUGGCAGGCAAGGAGAUGCUGAGCGUUUUGAUGAUCCGGGCGCUAGUCCGCACAGCUUCCUUCUUACCACGAGGACAGCACGAGUGACAUGUUUGAUGCAACCACAGCUUGUUACCAAACCACGAUGUCUCUUUACGUUGGCUCAUACAAAGGCAAGGAAUAAUGCAUUGCAGAAAGUACAGACUCGUUCCUCGACGGAAAUAUUGCACCUCGAUCUGUAUACCAUUCUGGAUUGCCAGGAAACGUCAUGGGCAAUUCGUCAGAUAUCCAUGCAUGUGAUAUUGCCAAUAUCGCAUGCGUGGAUAUCUUAUGAGGAGCACAUGGAUUUCUGGAUGCCCAUCAGUGGAUAUACGAACCCUGGUCUCAUUCGGAUCGAGAGGUCGAACGUGGGAGAGGAGUACGAGUGGCGAGAUGCUGUGUGUCUGAAGGAAGCAGGUGGGAUUGGGGAGGAUCUAUGCAUAGAAGAGUGGAAAGUCCUUGUGCACACCAUCGGAUCCAUCUAUCGCAGUGCAAAGCGAUCUUUGUUGGCUCAGGCAGGCGUGAACAUUGCAGAAAGUCGGCAAUAA